AUGCGGCGGCACGUCCACGAGAACGGGCCCCGGGAAUGGAGCUCCAUUCGAUCCAAAGGCCUCCUCCCGCGCACCGGCGAGUCCUGCCGCCUCCGCUGGGUCAACCAGCUCCGCCCGGACAUCAAGAAGGGCUGCAAGUUCUCGGCGGAGGAGGAGCGCGUGGUGAUCGACCUGCAGGCUCAGUUCGGCAACAAGUGGGCCAGGAUCGCCACGUACCUGUCCGGCCGCACGGACAACGACGUCAAGAACUUCUGGAGCACGCAGCAGAAGCGGCUGGCCAGGCUCCUGCGCGCGCCGGCGCCCCGUCGGAGGCCCGGCGGCGGCAGCGGCAGGCAGAGCUGCGGCGGCGCCUCGUCCUCGAACGCCCGUGCCUCUACCGCUCAGAAGUUGCAGCUUCUCUGUCAGAGCCCGUGCCAGGACAUGAUCCCCAUCCAGGAGACGAAGCCGCUGCUCCACAAAGGCGGCCAAAGCAGCAGCAGGCGGGAGGACCAGGAGCCACGCCCACGCACGGUGGCUCUCGCCAUCUCGCUGCCCACGCACUCCGACAGCGCAUCAGAGUUCGGUUCGUCCGGUACCACCCCGACGGCGGCCACUCGUCUGCUCUCAUGCGGCGGCGGCGGGAGCCCGGCCUCCGGCGUCGACCCGCUGGUGUUCGUCGACCCCGACGACGACGAUGCCUUCUGCCCGGAGCCGCUGGCGGUGGUGCCGCCGAGCCCGUUCUUCGGCAUGGACGAGGAGUACGUGGACUUCGGGUCGUCGAUGCACCAGGGCGUGCGCUUCGACGACCUCACGCCGGAGACGCUCGACUUCUUCGGCCUCCCUCCGUCGGCUCAACCGUACAGUGACUGGUGGUACUUGCAAAGAGUGACUGGUGGUACUUGCUCUCAGUUUUUGCAGAGAGUACUACCCCCCAAUGUGCGUCUUGUUCUGCCUGAUUUGUAG